GAAUAGAGCAAAAUGAGUGCUAAGAAAUCAGCGGAAAGUGUGGAUACUGCAGCGACAGCGCCGCCGCCUCCUCCCACAGCUGCUGGCCGACCGCCCACUUCGCAGCUCUUUUCGCGCGGCAAUUUGGUCAGCAGUCGCAAUGCUGGCGACAAGACAGCGCUGGCUCGACCCUCGACAGCGGUGCGCGCCGUGGGCUACGCAGCUAGCGCCAGCGGCUCGGCGGGUCAGCGUUUCGAUCAGUUCUUUUUGGAGAAGGUCAAACAGCAGACGCUGUCCUCAGCCAAUGCAUCCGUCGAUGCGGCCAAGGAGGUCAAUCCGCAGAUCAAGUACAAGAAUAUGGAGGCAAAGAUUGUUAAGCUGCUGGAAUCGUCCAUUGUGCUGGCAGCUCAAAGCUCAUCGAAUCGCUCAACUGGCACCAACAAUGCCGAAGUGAAAUCCGCGCUGGCCGAGGCGCUCAACAAGGCGAAGGACGCAUCCUCAUUGGAUCGCAUUCUGCAUCACGAGCAGGACAAGCAGGGCGAGAAUGUGUUUCACAAUUUCGAUUUGACAUAUGCGGUAUUCUUCAAUCUGGCCGAGCAAUACGAGAACAAUGACAUGCACAUCGAGGCCUUGAACACCUACAAUAUUAUGACCAAGAACAAAAUGUUCCCGCAUGUGAAUCAGCUGAAGCUGAACAUGGGCAACAUCUACUUCAAGAUGGGCAUGCACAAGAAGGCCAUCAAGAUGUAUCGCAUGGCACUGGACUCGGUGCCGAAUACGUUGAAGCAGCUGCGCCUGAAGAUCACCGAGAACAUCGGUGUGCUGUUCAUCCGGAUGGGCCAGUAUGCGGAUGCUGCCUCCAGUUUUGAGUUCAUCAUGUCGGAACGCGCCGAUAUACGCAAUGGCAUCCAUUUGCUGCUCUGCUACUAUGCCAUGGGCGAUGUGGAGAAAAUCAAGAGCACCUUUCGCAGCCUCUGCGAUGUGCAGCCGGUCGAAACGGAACGGGAUUUGGAAAAUGAGAAUAAUAUAAUACGCCUGCAGCAGCAGGCAGAGCAGGCUGGACAAUCUGCCGUAGAUCUGGGUGACAACGGAGCUGAGGUGGCCAUAAUUGAUGCAGAGGCGGGCAGCUCCUACGAGCAACUAAAUGAUCCCACGAAGAGCUCGGCAAAUGCCAAAAAUCGUUAUGUGCUACAGGCUCUGAAAACGGAUGAACUGGCAAUUUAUACGAAACAAAGGCGAAAUACCGAGAAACGUUCCGUUACAAUGAUUGUGGAUCUGAUCUCGCCGCUCAUCGAGGAGAACUAUAAUGAUGGUUACAACUGGUGCAUUGAGGUCAUCAGGACCUCAAAUCUCUCCUGGCUGGCCAACGAACUGGAGCUGAACAAGGCGCUCGUCUAUUUGCGCCAGAACGAUGUCAACCAGGCCAUCGAGACGCUGCAGAUGUACGAUCGGAAAAGCGAGAGCUCCAUGACGGCCAGCGCGCUUACGAAUCUGAGCUUUAUCUACAUUAAUCUGGGCAACCUGGAGAUGGCCACGCACUGCCUCAAUCAGCUGCAGGAACUGGGCGCCCUGCAGACGAGUGCCUUGGCGCUGGUCAAUGCCAGCAUUGUGGAUAUGCUGAAUCAGAAUUACAGCUCGGCCGGCGAACGCUUGCAACGGGCACUGCAACUGGAUCCGACUAGCUUUGAGGCCAACUACAAUUUGGGCCUGUUGGCGAUACAGCAGCAGGAUUACGAGCUGGCCGAGGAGCAGUUUGAGCUGCUGAAGGCGCAGCUCAUGCAGCCGCAUUCGGUGCAGCACAGUCAUGUCUACUACCAGCUGGCCAAGCUGCAGGAGCGACGUCUGAGCAACGCCUCGGCUGUGGGCGGAUUCAAGUCGACUGCCUCGCCAGGGGCACUGCAGGCUUACCUCCAGGUGCUGGGCAUCUCGGCGGCGGAGAUUGAUUCGCGGCUGUUCGAGAAGGUGGGCAGCAUGUACGAGCAGCGACAGGAUCACCAGGAGGCCAAUCAAUACUACAACGAGGCGUAUCGCAUCAACAUGAGCGACAUCAACAUCGCCAGCUCCAUUGGCUCCUACUACAUCAAGCUGCAGGCCACGGAGAAGGCGCUCUAUUACUAUGAGCGCGCAGUGCUCGCCGAUCCCAAUGAUCCCAACCUGAUGUUGCGCAUUGCCAGCUGCUUUCGCAAUUCGUAUCUGCCGCCCAAGCAAUAUCUGGGCAUGUUUGAGAAGAUCUAUGCGCGCUUUCCGGACAAUCUUACCUGUGUGCGUGCCCUGAUGCAGGUGACCAAGUCCCUAGGUAUGUCCGAGCUGCACGAACGCUAUGCCCAGGAAUAUGCCAGGCUGCAGAAGCAGCAGCAGGAGCGACAGAACGAACAGCGUUACCAACAGCAGCGCCUCUCCUCGGCCACCUCCAGUCGGAGCAGCAGAAGCAGCAACCUAAAGGCACUGCGUCCAUCGAAUGAGGAGCGUUUGCAGGAGAACAGCGACAUCUCUGCUACACUCGCAUCCAAUGCCGAGCAGUUCCUUCAAAGCGGCAGCUCGUAUUCAGUGAAGCAGUAUGUGGAUCCCUUGGGCCCGCCAGCCGAGCGUCCUCGCACUGGGAUGUACCGCGCACAGCAGAGCAAUGAUUCGGACGAUGAUGCGGAGAUGAAUGCGGACAGCCUGUUGCCCAUUUAA